UUGUUUGUUCAUUUAUUUCACAUGUAGCAUUACUGAGAUUUUCAGUAGCUUGGUACGGAUUGUACGACUCGUCUGAGAUUUCGCUCCGUUGUUUAGAGCGAAUCAAAUUUCCCGUGCUGUUGCAGGAAUACACACGUAUUAAAUUGCCAUCAGUUCUUUCGAUUGUUUGUGCCGCACGAUGAAGUGGCAAAUAAAUUGCCUGUUAGCAGCUCUGCUCGCUGUGUCACAACUGUCGAGUGGAUAUGCCAAAAGUGUUCCAAGCAAAGAGGAGACCCCCCAGGUGCAGACAUUACAGACGCCGGCAAGUACCCAAAGUCAGCCAGCGCCAAAUGCCGCCGCCAUUGGUAGGCUGGUGAACUCCACCGAGCUGGGAUCAACCACCAGUGGACUAGGUGGAGCAGCGCAGAACGCCACCGCCAUGGUCAGCGCCACUGAGCUGGGAUCAAGCCAGAGGGCAGAGGGUCGGGCAGCAACAACGGUUGCUGUGGUGAAGCACAUCGUUCGCAAGAAGCGCACGGCCAUGGAGGUAGAUGCCCCCUACGACCUGCAUACAACGCAUAUGUUCUGCGAUUUUGAUGAGCGCGGCAGACACCGCAUUGUGCUGUUCUUCCCGAAUCACUGCAUCUGGGUCUGGAACAACAAGUACGCCCAUGAGGGCUUCUAUCAUCUCUUCAAGCUCUAUCAGACGGAGGCCUUCUUCUUUGGCCAGUACAACGAACGCUUGAAACAGUACGAGACCGUCGCCCAUGUCUGGACCGCUGACUAGGAGGUGGCAGCAGGUGCCACCCAGCUGCUUGAGAUUCCAUUCAGCCUUCAAGUAAAUGUUAAAUUAUCUGUGACUAAUUGGCCUGAUGGGUUGGCCUUGAUGGGUGUUUUGUCCUGUGCUUCGACAAAAUAUCCAAACAGUGGGCUGAUAUAUUUUUAAUAAAACUCAA